AUGGGAAGUAACGAAGAAACCUUUGAAGCAUCUUAUGCCAUCAAUACGCCAAAGGACGUCAAUGAAACUGUGGUGAAGCAAUGUUUGCCAAUCGAUCUAUUCCAAAGCUAUGAGGUCGACUCAAAAAGAAAGAUGGUUGGUAUCACCAGUGGUGUCGCCCCUAGUGAUAUUAUUUCUGCAUUCCAGAAAUACGGCAUGGACGCCAUCCUGAGAGGUUCAGGUAAGCCAAACUCCUCUGCAGUGACUAUCCUUGAAGACUUCUCUCAACAAGUAGGCAGUACUGUCGAAGGGCUGGUACGUAUCGUUCAAGUGACCGACAGCAAGACGUUGUUCGACAUUACCAUCAAUGGUGCAGACUUGCCCGCUGGCAAUUACUCUGUUGCCAUUAAUGAGAAUGGUGACAUUUCUAAAGGGUUGCAAUCUACGGGAAACGCAUUUUUCAAAUUCCCUGAAACAUUGAAAUGCCUCAAACAAGCUGACGGAAUCGUCACAGGCCAUGCCUUCUGGAGUGGCUCAAUGAAAGCAUGGGAGAUCAUAGGUCGUAGUAUUGUCCUUAAGGAAUUGACCACUGAUGGUCCUGGGAAAGAAAUCGGCGGUGUCAUCGCUAGAAGUGCCGGUGCAUGGGAGAACGACAAGCAGGUCUGUGCUUGCACAGGUAAGACUGUCUGGCAAGAAAGAAAGGAUGCCCGUGAGCAAAACAUCAAUUAA